AAAUAACCGCUCAUGCUCGUCACUCCGUAAAAAUAUGAAGAAAACAGAGGAAAAAGAUCUUGGCAUUGUUGUCGGAAGGGAUUUUCAGAACUGUAUUAUAGAUCCCAACUGGUCAUCGACUUGCAGCUACGCAAACCCUUUACGCCUGGUUUUGACUACUGUACCAAGUGAUGACCAGUUGGGAUCUAUAAUACAGUGUUUUCAAAAGCCAAAUGUGGCUAAGGUAUCACUCAGAAAGCGGCCACAACCUUCUGAGGACAUAACGGAUCCGUCAGCUGCUCCUCAUGUAAUACAUGAGAUCGAAAUUUUGACUGUUAUUAUACCUAAGAGAAGAGUGGCAAUAUUGAAGAAUGAUGCAGCUGCGCAAUCAACUACAUGCACCUACCCCUAUUCCAAAGGAAACAAAUGGAAUGACACAAAAGGCGAAGACUCUAGAGGGGCUGUUUUACCCGAUCUCUUGCCUAGCAACUUGCCCAGCAAUGAAAAGGUCGACACUCUUGCGGUGGAUCAACAGAAGCCCAUUGCUAACGAUAACGAUGUAACGAGUAAAGAGGAAAUUCAGUUAGACAGCGACACAGAUAUUGAUGAUGAUCUCAAAGAGGAAAUGAGGACAAUACCAGAUCCGCCUUUUAAGUGCAAGAUCUCUGAUAAGAACAUCAUUCCAUUUUCUUCCGAAGAAUACGUGUUCUUAAACCCAUUAUUCAUGCCCGGAAUUUAUUCACGAACAGCACUUCCUUCGAUCGAAGAAUUCUACAUGUCUGGAAAGACCUCCGCGCUUACUUGUGUAAGCCCGAAAAAAACGAACUCGUUCCCCCAUCGAAAAAACGCACCUGCACAGUUGCGAGGCCACCGAUCCGGUCCCGGUCCAGAUCAGGGAUGAAGAAAGAUGAACUCGAAGCACUUUGAAGCGAUUUCAUCGCACACAAGCAUUAUAUAUUACUUUUUUGUUCAAAUAUGUUCUCAUAUCACCAUCUAUCUCAUUAGAAGAAUCUCCAUUUUUAUAUUCCUAUUUCACUCACGUUGCUCUUGCCCUGAUUUGUUUACACUUCCAUGACUUGAAGAUGUAAUGUCACUCAGCCAUUACUAAUUUGUUUGCACCCCUAUAUCUUGAAGAUCUGAAUUCACUUAGCUAUUAUUCCAUUUAUAAUGGUGCUCUUCUUUAAUUUGUUUGCAACCCUAUAACUUGAAGAUCUGAAUUUACUUAUGUAUACACACUCAGAAGUUCUCAAUAAAC